CCUUCGCUCCUGCGCUCAUCGGAGGAGAAGACCUUGAGAUCUAGUACAUUUCUUCCACCGCCUCGCUCUUCUCUUUAUGCCGGUUUGAGCUCUUUGACAGGAUUUCACGUAUGAGCUGGUUUGAUAAUCUCCGCGGAUUGUCGGAUCCGAGCCAUUUCUUGGAUGGUCUCUUGAUCUUUAUCCUCUAUCAUUGCCCUAUACGUUCCAAUUCUUCGUCAAUACCUUUGAAUUGGAAAUCGUAAGUCUUGGAUCCGGGAUCGCGGUCUAGAAAAUUUUUUCUUCGCAAUGGAAUCGAAGAAUCUUUCAUCCUGCGAGGAUUUCUCAGUCACCGGUUCCUUCUUCUCACCCAUUGAGAAGAAGCCUUCCCCACCUUCAGUGAUUGUAAUUGGUGGAGGAAUUUCAGGAAUUGCGGCUGCUCGGGCAUUGACCAAUGCUUCAUUCAAGGUCAUUCUUUUGGAAUCUCGUGAUCGGAUUGGAGGCCGGGUGCACACAGACUAUUCUUUUAUGUGUCCUGUUGAUAUGGGUGCAUCAUGGCUUCACGGUGUUUGUAAUGAGAACUCCUUGGCUCCAUUUAUUCGGUUAUUAGGAUUGAAGCUAUAUCGCACGAGUGGUGACAACUCCAUUCUGUAUGACCAUGACCUUGAAAGCUAUGCACUUUUUGGCAUGGAUGGCCAACAGGUUCCUCAAGAGCUCGUCAUUAAAGUUGGAGAAGCAUUUGAGAAAAUUCUCAAAGAGACGAUGAAAGUUAGAGAUGAACAUCUAGAUGACAUGUCUGUUUUGCAAGCAAUUUCUAUUGUUUUGGAUAAGCAUCCGGAGUUAAGGCAAAAAGGUUUAGCCUAUGAAGUGUUACAAUGGUAUAUAUGUAGAAUGGAAGCAUGGUUUGCUGCAGAUGUAGAUGCUAUAUCACUUAAAAACUGGGAUCAGGAGCAUGUGUUAACUGGCGGUCAUGCUCUCAUGGUGCAAGGUUACAAUCCUUUAAUUGAAGCUCUAGCUGGAGACCUUAAUAUCCGUCUGAACCACAGGGUGACAAAAAUUGUUCAGCGCUGCAAUCUAGUUAUAGUCACUGUCGAGGGAGGAACCAACUUCGUAGCCGAUGCUGCUAUAAUAACUGUUCCUCUUGGAGUUCUCAAAGCAAACCUGAUCGAAUUUGAGCCUAAACUACCUGAUUGGAAACUCUCGGCCAUUUCCGAUAUCGGCGUUGGCAUUGAGAACAAAGUAGCUUUACGCUUCAGUACUGUUUUCUGGCCAAACGUUGAGGUAUUAGGCGUUGUUGCUCCAAUAUCACAGGCUUGUGGCUACUUUCUCAAUCUACACAAGGCAACUGGAAAUCCUGUUUUAGUAUACAUGGCUGCCGGGAGCUUUGCUGUCGAACUGGAGAAGUUAUCAGAUGGGGAAGCCGUUAACUUUGUUAUGUUGCAACUCAAGAAUAUUCUUCCACAUGCAACACGACCUGCACAAUAUUUGGUUUCACGAUGGGGAUCCGAUAUCAAUUCGCUCGGUUCCUACUCUUGUGAUCUGGUUGGAAAGCCAGCAGAUCUUUAUGAGAGGUUCCGGGCGCCUGUUGAUAACCUCUAUUUUGCCGGCGAAGCGGCGAGCAUCGACCACUCUGGCUCUGUGCAUGGAGCAUAUUCUUCAGGCAUAUCGGCUGCUGAAGACUGCCAAAGACGUCUGCAAAUGCAGUAUGGUAUUUCAGAUCUUCUCAAGAUUGUGUUUAGGGAGGAAAUGUCUGAAAUCAUAGUUCCUCUUCAAAUUUCAAGAAUGUAAUGAAACCUUCUUCUCAUUUGACGCAUUCUUAACUGAUUAUUUGGACCUUAAGGGAUAACCUCUCCUCUAUUCCUUUUAAGAUUGGUGCAGUUAAAUAAUUCUAAAUGUUUUAUGGUUUUGCUGA